CCCAAAAAGAUAAAAUCAGUCGUUCAACUGUAAGCAAUUGAUAUUUCAGCUCAAUCAACACCUCUGCUUGUGUCUUUGCUUGAUACGAUCCGAAAAUCAACCCGUAGUCAAUUCAUUACACAAAGUAUUCGAUUUCCAUAAUCUGCAAUUGUCAACAACAUCAUGGCCAUCACCGAAAUAGCGCUCCUCCACCUCCUCCCAAAUGCCUCCCUCGAAGAUCCAGCCCUGCGAUCAAAGCUCGCAAACGCAAAGGCCGUCAUGGAGAAAUUUACUGGCCGGGAAUUCCACUUCCUCCGACAAACCGAGGACCCCACCUUCUUGUACAUAAUCGGCGAGUGGGAUUCGCUCGACCAGCACAUGAAUCAAUUCAUACCCUCAGCAGAGAACCAGGCUCUUUUGGAAGAUAUUACGCCGCAUUUUACCGUUGACUGGCUCGUUCACAUCGAUGCCCCUCAUGCCGAGCUACCUAUUCCAAAGGCGACAAACGACCAUCCUAAUGGAUCGCAUAUUGUCAGCAUCAGCCGGCUCUUCAUCCAAGACGGACAAGCAGAUAAUUUCAGAGCCGCUUGGGCAGAGGGAAAGCAUGUCCUAGAGGACUUUGUCACAGAAGGGAAAGUCGGAUUUGGUUUCAGAAUUGAUGUCAAGGAAGGAGAAAGACAAGAAUUUUUCCUCUGGUCGCCCUGGAAGGAUGAGGCGCAGCAUCAUGCUUUUGUGAAGGUGGAUGGGUUCGAGGAGUUCGUUAAAGCUACACAAUAUGUGACUGAUCCUAUCUUCAAACACGCGACGGUAUUUACAGUUUGAUAGAUUCAUAGAUGCAGACCUUGAAAUAGUCAUUCGAAGGAGUAUCAAUUAUUAUUGAAUAGGGCCUUAUGAUCAUUCAGAUACUCGUCUUCCCAUUGACGUCAUUCCGCUAUGAGAGUAGCUUACCCAAAGAGGCAGCUCC